AGAAAAGCCGCAAAACUUCUUCAUGAAAAACACAACAACGGAAUAAGAACAAGCAAGAGACAAAUUAUUCCCAUUCCCACCUCGACAUGAUCUUCGUUCACACAUGAAUCUACCGAUCUCCAUCAGCAUUUUGCUGUUGACAGUUUACACUACAACAGCUCAGUACUGCACGGCAGUGUGUAUGACCAAGUUUCAACGCUCCAUUUCUGACAUAACAGGUUCUACUGAAACAACAACCAUGCUUGCGCCAUUCCAUAAAAUAAUCGCAUCCACAGAAGAUAAUCGAUCAGCUCAUAAACAAAUCCGAUCACUGUGCACACGAGUGAAAAGCUGGGAGACUUGUGUUCGUUCGUGCUCACGUGACAAUGCACGAGCCAUCCUGCUAUCUUCUAUGGACCAGUGGAAGAAAUUUUGUGCAUUGAUGCGAAAACCUACAAGAGCUUCGAACGAGUACUUGAACUGCGAAAGGGAUCAUCAGCAGCAAGUGAGCAAGCAUUGUGACAUGUACAUGCUCACUACUUUUACAAUUACAGUAUUUUGCAAAUCGCUGGAGAAAUAUCGUGAUUGUUCCGACAAGUACAUGCAUCGUUGUUCGGAUGAAGCAUUCUUAGUCAAAAAAGCAAUAGACGAUGCAAUUCAGAAUAGUUUUUCAAAAGUAUUAAAAUUUGCCACAAAUCGAAUAAGGUUACCGCAAAGGUGUAACAUGUACCACCGAAGCCAUCAUUAUAACAAGCAGCGUGGUGAGAUUGAUCAUCGACCAAUAACUACGACAACAAUGAGCACAUUGAGCACAUUCACCUCUACUGCAAUUACAAUUUCUCCUGCUCUUGCUGACGUGUUUUCAAGACAAAUUGAAAUGUCGAAAAUCGAAACAUCGUCGGAUCCGUGUGAAUGUGAAGUGAAGCAUUGUCCUCAAAAAUGUUUCACGGCGCUUGUUUCCGGCACCACAACAGCGCUGGCCACAACACGACCAACAACAACGGCAACGUCUUCCACGUUUAAUAAUAUUACACUGCCGGAAAACUCGAAAGAAUCUCAACUUCUCGUCAACUCAUAUCCACACGUCUUCCAAUCCUGCUCAUUAAUCAUCUUUUUCGUCACAAAAAUGUUUAUUUACAAAUUGUUUUAUCAAUAAAUUACAUGUUACUG